CCCCAACUCCACAACCCACCAAAUUGCUUUCAGCUACUCUUCUGUUCUCUCUUCCAAAUCUUCCAUCGACUUAAACAAUCUCAAGCUCUCUCUCCCUUCGUCGUCCUUUGGUCUUCUGCUCCGCCUUCCACCAUGACGGAUAAGGCUGAAUCCUCAGACUCUAAGGGAACGAAAAGGGACUUCAGUACUGCGAUCCUCGAGCGCAAGAAGGCUGCGAAUCGGCUCGUUGUCGACGAUGCUAUCAAUGACGACAACUCCGUCGUCGCGCUCCACCCGGAUACGAUGGAGAAACUCCAGCUCUUUCGUGGCGACACCAUCUUGAUCAAGGGAAAGAAAAGGAAGGAUACCAUCUGCAUUGCUCUUGCUGAUGAUACAUGUGAAGAACCUAAGAUCAGGAUGAACAAGGUUGUGAGGAGCAACCUAAGGGUUAGGCUUGGUGAUGUUGUUUCUGUUCACCAAUGUGCUGAUGUCAAGUAUGGAAAGCGUGUCCACAUUCUGCCUGUGGAUGAUACUAUUGAAGGAGUCACUGGAAAUCUGUUUGAUGCGUACUUGAAACCUUAUUUUCUGGAGGCCUACCGUCCAGUGAGAAAGGGUGAUCUCUUCCUUGUGAGAGGAGGAAUGAGGAGUGUGGAGUUUAAGGUCAUUGAAACUGACCCUCCUGAGUACUGUGUGGUCGCUCCCGACACUGAAAUUUUCUGUGAGGGGGAGCCUGUGAAAAGGGAGGAUGAGGAGAGAUUAAAUGAGGUUGGCUAUGAUGAUGUUGGUGGAGUUAGGAAACAGAUGGCUCAGAUUCGUGAAUUAGUGGAGCUGCCACUGAGGCACCCUCAGUUAUUUAAAUCAAUUGGUGUGAAGCCACCAAAGGGUAUUCUGCUGUAUGGACCUCCUGGAUCGGGUAAGACUCUAAUUGCCCGAGCUGUGGCUAAUGAAACUGGGGCAUUCUUUUUCUGCAUCAAUGGACCAGAAAUUAUGUCAAAAUUGGCUGGAGAGAGUGAAAGCAACCUCAGGAAAGCUUUUGAGGAGGCAGAGAAGAAUGCACCAUCAAUCAUCUUCAUUGAUGAGAUUGAUUCAAUUGCUCCCAAGAGAGAGAAGACGCAUGGAGAAGUUGAGAGGAGGAUUGUUUCCCAGCUUUUGACACUCAUGGAUGGGCUUAAAUCUCGUGCCCAUGUGAUUGUUAUGGGGGCUACAAAUCGUCCGAACAGUAUUGAUCCAGCUCUCAGAAGGUUUGGAAGAUUUGAUAGGGAAAUAGAUAUUGGUGUGCCAGAUGAAAUUGGGCGUCUUGAGGUUGUUCGUAUUCAUACAAAGAACAUGAAGCUUGCUGAAGAUGUUGAUUUGGAGAAGAUAGCUAAGGAUACACAUGGUUAUGUUGGUGCCGAUCUAGCUGCUUUGUGUACUGAGGCUGCCCUUCAGUGCAUCAGAGAGAAGAUGGAUGUAAUUGACUUGGAAGAUGAGGAAAUAGAUGCGGAGAUACUCAAUUCAAUGGCAGUUACAAACGAGCACUUCAAGACUGCCCUUGGCACAAGCAACCCAUCUGCUCUUCGUGAAACAGUUGUUGAAGUGCCCAAUGUUAGUUGGGAAGAUAUUGGUGGUCUUGAGAAUGUUAAGCGUGAACUUCAAGAGACUGUUCAGUAUCCUGUUGAGCAUCCUGAGAAGUUUGAGAAAUUUGGAAUGUCACCCUCCAAGGGAGUUCUUUUCUAUGGCCCUCCUGGAUGUGGUAAAACUCUUCUCGCCAAAGCUAUUGCCAAUGAGUGUCAGGCAAACUUCAUCAGUGUCAAGGGACCUGAAUUGCUUACCAUGUGGUUUGGAGAGAGUGAGGCCAAUGUGCGGGAAAUUUUUGACAAGGCCCGCGGAUCUGCUCCUUGUGUCCUGUUCUUUGAUGAACUUGAUUCCAUUGCUACUCAGAGAGGUAGUAGCGUAGGUGAUGCUGGGGGUGCUGCUGAUAGGGUUUUGAACCAACUCCUCACAGAAAUGGAUGGAAUGACUGCAAAGAAAACUGUUUUCAUUAUCGGUGCCACCAACAGACCUGAUAUCAUAGACCCUGCACUUUUGCGUCCAGGCCGCCUGGAUCAGUUGAUUUACAUUCCUCUCCCUGAUGAGGAGUCCCGUUUUCAAAUAUUCAAGUCUUGCUUGAGGAAGUCUCCUGUUUCCAAAGAUGUGGACAUCAGAGCCCUUGCUAAGUACACCCAAGGAUUUAGUGGUGCUGAUAUAACAGAAAUAUGCCAGCGUGCUUGCAAAUAUGCCAUUAGAGAGAAUAUUGAGAAGGAUCUUGAGAAGGAGAGGAGGAGAAACGAGAAUCCUGAGGCAAUGGAGGAGGAUGUUGAGGAUGAAAUUGCAGAGAUCAAGGCUGCUCAUUUUGAGGAGUCGAUGAAGUAUGCUCGCAGGAGUGUUAGCGAUGCUGAUAUCCGCAAAUACCAGGCAUUUGCGCAGACAUUGCAGCAGUCGAGAGGGUUUGGAACAGAGUUCAGGUUUGCAGACAAUCCUACUGGCACAACUGUUGCAUCCGACCCUUUUGCAACUGCUGCUGCUGGGGCAGAUGAAGAUGACCUUUACAGUUAGGAUGGUUUUCGUUAAGCAGCGUCUUUUUCGUGCUUGAAUUUUAAUUGUUGCAUUUUGUAUUUUCCGUCGAUGACGUGGUAGAAUCGUUGAAGUGUCCAUUUAAUCGUUGUUGUACCCAAAGAAGCCUUGGGGUUUCCGGCCAUUGGCACCCCUGGAUAAUACGAAGUUAAAAACAGUGUUGAUUAUUUUAUAAGAUUAAUGGACAACUUAAAAAAUCA